AGCCACUGGAAAAGGAGGAUCUUUUUAGUGACGGUGAAGGAACUGAUGGAGAUUUUGAAGAAGAUGGAGGUUCUCGUGAUGAAUAACAACAGGAAAUGAACUCAGAUCCUCACAUGUCUUCUGACUUGGAUGACACCUUUGCUGCUGAUAUAUUAGCAAGCGGUGAUGCUGACGAUGGUUUCGAUGUUCAUUCGGAUUCGGAUGUAGAUUCUGAUUCAGAUGCAGAUGAUACUGAUCUUGUAAGGAAGUCAAAAGCUAUUGAUGAUGAAAGGAAAAGAGAGGAGGAUGAUGGUUAUUUAGAAUUGCAGCUCAAUAUUAAAGAAGAAGCUGGGUUCAGAUUUCCAACAACUGAGGAGCUCGAAGAAGAAACAAAUAGACCCCCGGAUCUCUCUAAUCUCCAAAGGAGGAUAAAAGAGAUUGUUCGGGUGCUUUCAAAUUUCAAGUCAUUGAGGCAAGAAGAUGUGACACUUAAGGAUUAUGUUGAUCAACUUAAAAGGGACUUGGGUUCAUACAAUGAUUUUCUCAUUGAAUCGUUAGUGGAGCUGUUUCCCCUUGUUGAGUUGAUUGAACUUAUUGAAGCAUUUGAAAAGCCCCGGCCAAUUUCUCUGCGGACAAACACUUUAAAGACUCGCAGACGGGAUUUAGCAGGUGUUCUUCUUAACAGAGGUGUCAAUUUGGAUCCACUAAGCAAAUGGUCAAAGGUUGGACUAGUUUUAUAUGAUUCUCAAUUUCCAGUUGGUGCCACUCCUGAGUAUAUGGCUGGUCACUACAUGCUCCAAAGUGCGAGUUCGUUUCUGCAUGUAGUGGCCCUUGCCCCUCAAGAGAAUGAACGUAUUGUUGAUAUGGCUGCUGCUCCUGGAGGCAAAGCAACUUAUGUUGCUGCACUGAUGGAAAAUAGUGGUAUCCAUUUCCUUAAUGAGAUGAAGGAGUCGAGAAUUAAAUCACUCACUGCUAACUUACAUCGCAUGGGGGUAACAAAGUCAAACACCAUUGUCUGUAACUAUGAUGGAAGAGAGCUACCUAAAGUCUUGGGUCAGAACACUGCCAAUAGGAUUUUGCUGGAUGCUCCCUGCAGUGGCACUGGGGUGAUUUCCAAGGAUGAGUCUGUUAAAACUUCAAAAACUGCUGCAGAUAUACAAAAUUGCUCGCACUUGCAGAAGGAACUGAUACUUGCAGCAAUUGACAUGGUCGAUGCCAACUCAAAAUCAGGUGAAUACAUAGUGUAUUCUACCUGCUCCAUUAUGGUUGAUGAGAAUGAAGCAGUUAUAGACUAUGCACUCAAGAGAAGAGAUGUUAAACUAUAA